AUGAGCACAAGUGCAGAAGACGAAACCCUUCCAGACAAAAGAGAGAAUAUCCUGGGAUCGCCUGAGAGCAUUCCGAUACUUUCAUCAUCGAAACCAUGGCGUAACUCUCAGUCUUUCGUCAUAGGCAAGGAAUUUCAAUCGGGCGCACCGCGGGUCCCAGAGGAGAAGGGGCAUGGGAUCAAUGAAAGUGAGGACGAAGUCAAUGAAAUUGCAGGCGAAACAUCAGAGUCAGAAAAUGGGGCAUCAAAAUUGGGGUCAUCUAGAGAACGUCCAAAAGGUGAUCUAGAUUCUUGGGUUCGACGCAAUGAAAGGCAUUACUUCUGGAAAGCGUCCCUAGAAUCCUAUCGGUCUCUGCUGGAUCAGAAGGAAAGAAGCUCGGAUGCAUGCAAGCCAAACACAGUUACUGAAGAUGACUCUACUGUAUCGACCAAGAUUGGCCUGGUCGAAUGGACCAGAGGAGAAGAAAGCAGGCUGUUUGCUGCUGUUUCCCGUAGGGGAAAAUCUCGAACUUACGAAAUUGCGCAGGAUCUUGGGUCUAAGUCGAAAUUAGAAGUUCUAGAGUAUAUUCAAUUAUUAGAGGACGCUGCAAAGGAUGAAAUUUUACAAAGAAUGCAGACUUCGGAGGAAAAGGAAGAGAAAAAGCAACAGCAACCCCCUCUCGCAAUGGCCAUACCAGCAGCUGUCGACGUUAACGAGGAACUCGAAAAGGCACUUGACAUUAUUGCCGAACAUAUUUCGAUUUUGGAACAGCGCAUGGAUGAUCUGGAAGGAAAGAAAAUUCAUGGUUCCGACUUUUGGACUAUUGACAGCAACGUUGCGGAGAAAAUUGAAGGAAUUUUAGAGUCAAGAUCCAAAACACCUUCGGAAUCACAAUCUAAGAUCUUCCAAAGCGCUGGCUUGUUGAGUAUUAGACAAUGGAUACGACUAUCCGAGAGGCUUUUUAUGAAUGCUGGGGAAUCACAGUUUGAGGACAACUGGAGGAAUGUUGCUUUUGAAGGCGAAAGUCCAUCACUCACAGCCGAUGCCUUCUGUGACUUUUAUACACUCACUCGUGAUAUCACCAAACGCCUAGUGGCGAAGUCUUUUUCCGUGGCACAUGAUCGAGUGGCCGGAUCUAAGAGAACCACAGCCCCUGUUGUGAGGAAAGAGGACGUUGUAGAAGCGGCCGAAAUUCUACACAUGAAGCGCAAUCCAUUUCACUUUUACAUCCAUCUUGCCCGCCGAUUACGGCUUGAUGUCGCGGACAUCGUAAAUAAAAAAGGGGCACAAGGACACAACGAGUACCUAUCAUAUCACGAAGUCGAAAAGAAAUUGUCCCAAGAGACGAGUUCCAGGGCUCAUGCCAAAAGCUCAACAAGAGACCAGAAAAGUAGACAUAUUGCUGAUGCUGCCGGUGUUAAUGGUCUCGACAGCGAUGAAGAUGGUUUUCAGAAAUCAUUGACACCAGACGAGGAAGAAGACAGCGAGAUGGAUAGAGAUGGCGGUCAAUUAGGCGGUAAUCGAGAAGAGACAAACUCGUCAACGUCCGACGAUGGAACUUUUUUUUCUGACACAUCACUCCUUGAGGAUUCAGAAAUCUCUGAACUGGAGCAAAUUGAAUAUGAUCGAAAGGUAGACGAGUACCUUGACUUCUUUGACCGAAAAUCCAGCAAACAAGCGGAAGCAGAGCUGCGAGCAUUGUUUAGGGAAAACGGCUUUCAGUUCAAUGUGAAUACAGAGGAAGAUGCAUCAGAGCCACCGCCAGUACCGACUAAGCAAACACUUCGAGAGCAUGCGAUUAUUGACUGGAGAACGGACCUAGUCUAUCGGACUGAAUGGGGGUCAAAUGGAACAGAUCUUCGCAUGGAUGGCCAACAAGUUCAAAAUAAACAGAGGAAAAGAAGACGCAUUGAGUAG